GAAGAAAUUUGAGAAGCAGACCCGGGGCCAUGGCACAGGAGGGAACAGGGCAGGCAGAAGCGAAUCAAAGCCCAAGAAAAUGGCCCAGAGCAGAGAUGGCAGAGCCCUCGAGUAGUGGAGCCGGUCGGGAGAAACGCCGACGACCAGCCAUGGACGACGGAACAGAACCCGAUUCAGACAUAUGGGUCAUCGGGGAUUCCAUCCCUUAUUGGGCCGGCUGCACAGCAUUUGACAUUGGAAUGGAAAACUUUAAGUUGCAAAAUAUAACAGCUGCGUGGUGGUGCAAGAGAGGGAUGAGUUUCGAGUCCUUUACUCACGCCCUACAGCUGCCUUCAAUCUUCCGACACCAGCCAAAGGUGAUUAUUAUUCAUUUGGGGGAAAUGACGUCACGAAACAUUCUUUAAAGUGCAUUUUCCAAAUCAUAAAAGAUGCCUUUGACUAUUUACAUCGAGCUUUCCCAGAGGUUACUGUUCUGUGGAUUGACAUUUUACAAAAGAUAAACUGGGGAGUCCAUGAAAACUAUAUUAAAAACACUGAGAAAAAGAGAAAACGAAUAAAUCAAUUUGGAAGGAAAAAAGCAACAAAAACGUUAACAGUAGACAUUACAACACAAACUCCAGGUUUCUACCGCUCCGACGGAGUCCACUUGUCAGAUGUCGGCAUACAUUUUUAUCUAGAUUCAAUCCGUGAAUGCCUUUUAACUACUUUAUAAAGAAUUUUUGGGAAAUAAAAAUAUUAAGAAAUCUUAUGUUAUUUUUAUUUUGUGGCGGAAAAUUCUUAUGCUUGGAGGCGAUCGAGGGUAUAAGAUAUGAACAGGGGCAUUAAAUAUCAUAUUUAAACUCUUAAACUCUUUUUUUUGCAUACACAUGAGUGUCCAAGCCUAUCAGAGCUGUUAACUUUGAAGGCAUUGGCCUCGUGUGGCUAAAACAUUAUAGUUUUUUGGGACUAGGUUGGGUUUAAGAACUGGCCAGAGCGAAAAGGGCUUGCCGUUCUUAUAAUAACUCCCCCGUUUUAAUAGGAAUUAAUAUUUCGUAGUAGGAAUUACAAAACGUUGCGCUAGUGGUUCUAUAUUGGUACCAGUGGGGUACCUGGUGUUAUUAUGGUACUAUUGGGGUACCUGGUGUUAUUAUGGUACCAUUGGGGUACCUGGUGUUAUUUUGGUACUAAAGGAGUACCUGGUUCUAUUAAGGUACCAAAGGGGUACCUGGUACUAUUUCAUAGCACGAGAGGAGUGUGCUUGAUAGGUAUAAAUAAUCGGGAGCGCAACGGGGGUUGGUUUUCUUCAUUAUACGCCCUUGGUUGUCACCAUGCAUGAGAAUUUUUCAAUUUCAAUAGCUGUUAACUAUUGAAACUACCGCGGACAUGACCAUCUUACUCCAUAUUAUCUGAAAUGAAUCUACUAUGUUUGAAUUAGAAUAAUGUUUUGGUUUAACGGAUAUUAUUACAAUUGAAUAAAUUGAAAAAAACUUAUCACGGGUUGGUAAUUUUAUGAAAUUGAAUCUUAGAAUAAUAAGGAUUAAUAUUCUCGAUUAAUCUAAUUUAUUCUGGUACAAUUUCUAUCUGAAAUGGUAGUCACAUGUAUACGGAAGAUAUAUAUUUCAAUCGACGCUUAGAUCGUUUCCAUGGAUAUCCUCGUGAUAUCUCACGGGAUAGAAACUGGUAUAAAAGGUCAUGUAACCGCCACGUUGUCGCGCACAACCGAUUUGUUCAGAAGUCGAAAACAACGUAAACCCACCCACCGCACUCUUGAAAGUUAAUAUUACUUUGGUUUAAACCCAAGCUUUAUUUUUUCACUGUUUUAAUAACGAUUAUGGCAUAUUCUGUCGCCCAGUUUGUUUAUAUAUUUCAGUUCAUUGUUUUACGGACAUGAAGUACACAUAUGAGCCAUGCAAGCUACCACACCAAUUACAUAUACAGCUGAACUGCUGCGUAAUUAGUGUUAAUCAAAUAUGGAACAAUACGGAACUGGAUAGCUCACACAGAUUGGAAUUACUUGAUGCCAAGUGCACAGUUAAAUGAUGGAAACAGCCAAUCCUUGGAUCUUUCAAAUCCUACACCAGAGACUAUUGGUCAGGUAACAGUGUUGAACAAAGGAGCAACUGUAUGGCAGGAUGAUAAAUUGUCUGUACCAGCUUUAGCAGAUUUACAGGAAAUAAAUAGUCUGCUAGGUGGUGACUGGAGAAAUCUGGCGCUGGUUAUUUCAACUGAUGAUAAUAGUAAGAUGAUCGGUAUUCCCGAAAGAGAGGCAAAGCACAAAGUCAUAAUACACUUUGCAGGUGCAAGAGAUAAAAAGAGGAAAAACUUAGAAGUACCAUUUGAUGUUACUUUAAAUGACCUUGUUACUCGGAUUGAACAUCUUUUAUCUGCUGAUAUUCAUUGGUUAUGCCUAGCUUAUUGUUUAGAACAGGAGGAAGGUGACCAGCUGAUAACCAAAAUUUUCAAAGAACUUCCUGAUUUUAACACAUUUUGGUCUGCAUUUUCCAUGCCACAUUAUGACUUUGGAUCUAAUGUUGAAGAAAGUUAUCCACAGAACGUGAAACAAGCAAAAGAUAACAACAGAAUCUUAAUGGAUGAGUUAAAUGCACUAAAGACAGAAAUUAAAUCACAAGACAAAAGUGCUGAUCUAGCACAAAAUGACAGAGAGUUCAACAAGUUCUGCCGUUUUUCAUUAAAAGAGACCUUACAGAAAUAUGCCACAUCUUCAGGCAGUAAAGACCUUUACGAGAAGUUUAUACAAUUGUCAACAAUAAAAAUUGAGGAGAGAAAAUGGGAAGCAUAUUUGAACGGGCUUGGUAUCAGUCAGUUUAAAAAAAAGAACCCAGCAAAGCAUAAUUGCAUUACCUAUGGUUUAGAAAAUCUUGACUUAUGCGGGGAGAAAGUCAUUGGAAAGAACGAUUGUGUAGGGAGUUUAGGAUGGCCACUAGUAAAUAGAGAUGGAUACAAAUGUCAUCUUACAAGUUCUCAUGUUUUGUUAGGUGAAAAUAGAUUAAAGGUAUUAAGCAAAGAAGAAAAUGUAAACAAAAUGGUAAAACUAGAGCAUACAUUUUUGUGCCAAAAAAUAGGAAUAGGGUGUGAUCUAGAAUGUUACUGUUUCUGUAAAGAAAUGAUUGGCGUGAUCAGUUCUGGGUGUUACAAAAUGGGAAAUAAUGUAUCUGCUGGGGUAGAAAUUGUAGUGAUUGAAAACAGUAAGAAGUAUAGGUUAUCUGAUAAUGAUAUUCGAGCAGGAUACAGAUAUUAUCACUGGAAAAUGUUUGGAUUUCCUGAUACAUUGAAUUUUAGGUGUCAAUUUUGGAAUCGUGAGAAUAUUGAAAUGCGAAUGGUGGUGUACAAAUUAGGACACGUUACUGGUCUAACAAAGGGAUGUCUUACAAGGAAAGAAUCCCUUUUUGAAUUUCAGCAUCCAUUUAGUAAGGAUAAAAAAAAACCUUUAUUAGUAACACUUCAUAAUCAAUAUGAAGUUGCUUGGGAUGGUCCAGAGUUUCCUUUCUCUAAAGAAGGUGAUUCUGGGGGUCCAGUAUUUACAGUUAACAAUGAAACUGGGGAAAUUACAGCUGUAGGUCUACUGACUGGAAAUAAUGUGAAAAAGGAGAUAUCUUUUGUUACUCCACUAGAUCAAGUGCUCGAGAUUGUCGGCACUCGGUAUAGUCUUAAAAAUUUUGAAAUAACACUGAAGAAAAUACAGUCCAACCUGCAUUAGGCAGCCAGCCAAGGGAUGCAGCCAAACUGGCUGCUUAAGCCAGGUGACCGCUGAUAGGAGGGGCAGCCAGUAUAUGUACAUGUAUAUAUUUUCAGUCAGGACUUUAGCCAAUUUCUUUUCAUUCUACUCUUAUCAUUUUACCAGGAUACAUCGACGUGCCUUCACAAUAUGAAUAGUCUUCUUAGCAAUAAACAACUCGGGCAUGUAUAUUACAACAAAAAAUAGAUUUUCCAAUAUCAAAACAACUUUUGUUUAUGAUUUCGCCAUUUUGGUAAAGGGAAACUACUCUCCGCGCUUGUUGUCCACGCUAAAUUAUAAGACUGUCGUUACGUUCCGUAAAAGAUCGAGUGGUCUAUAUUUAUUUCAAACAAAAAUAAUUUCAUAUAAAUUUAAUUGUAGUUUGAUGAAAGAAAUAUAAAAAAAAAUCACAAAUAUUAUGAUUCUAAGUAAAGAUCGAGUAAUAUAUCUUUAACCGAGAUCAAACUGUGAACAACAAAAUUGACACGAGGUAACAAGCUAAUUUCCGAUAAUUACUGGCCAUUUGACCGUAACAAUUUUUUUGUUAUCAGUUUAAAUUGAGAAGCUCAUGUCAUUUUGUUGUUUUCAAAUAUCAAUAAUAAUCAAUAAAUUUCCUAACGAUAACUACCGAUUAAACUGCGAAAAACAAGUGUAAAUUAUUUUUAUUUUCUAUUGUGUUUGAUUGGCGAUUAGAUUUUAUUAUCAAACAUUACAACAUCUAAAAAUAAUUUGAAUUAACACAUCCACUUCUUUUAAUCAGAUGUCAUCAUUUCACAUCAAAUGUACAACUUCGAUCUCCAUGUAUUGUCUGCGGGCCACUUGAUUAACUUGGGCAUCACAUGUCUGUCAGCGGUCGUUAAUAUCUCGUCUGCUGCUAUGGACACGGCUUGCAGUUUAGCUACCUGUUAAAAUCCAGUUUUAAUCAUAGCCGAGGGACUGACUGCUGACCGUCUAAUGCAGGUCUCUUUUAGGCUUUUGGCGGCAACCUGAGUGGCCGCUGGCCGCGGACAGCAGGUGACCGCCAAAUCAAGGUAUAAAAUAGAGGGAAUUUCAUCGGGGGCGUCUCAAACUGGCCGUUAAUGUCAGGUGACCUCCGAAUCAAGGUGACCGUUAAGGCAGGUUAGACUGUACUAUGAACUGAAUUAAUUAAUAAAUAUUUAUGUGCUUUGAACAUUUUCCAGUGCAUCUAAACUGUUUGGAAAGGUAUUAACCAAUUCAUUACAUGUUGUUUGUAGAACAAAUUUCAGAAUAAAUAUCAAGUACUUUUUGUCAUGCAGUGUAUUUUUAUAACUGUACAGUAAUAUAUAAUACUGAGGGCCUUACAGAGGACAAUGAAAAAUUGUCCAACUUUAUCUCAUUUUCUAUAAAAUCAGUUCAUUUACAUUGCUGAGAAUACCAUUUUGCAUUUUUUGCUAAGGAGAGAGUUCCAUGUUGACCAGAUGAAACUGAUAUCAUUGGGCUUGUAAACUGGUAUAGAAAAGAUAGCAACUUUUUUCAUGAGCUGGGACUGUAUUAAUUAUAAGUUCUUAGUCAGAAAUUCAGACAUUCUUUUGUGGCAAGGUAUAUAAGAUUUAAAUGAAAAUUGUGCAAAAUGCCUGUCUUGUAUAGCUUGAAGAUUCGUGAUUUCAAAGACAUUACUACAAAUAAAAAAGUUUAAAUUAAAUGAGAUGUAUCCAGAUACACAGACUUUAUGAUAGAAAGAAACAUCUGUAGAACAGCUAAUGCAUUCUGUUUUAUUUAAGAUUUUUCUUGUGUGACAAAAGUAACAGACACCUUUUCUACAUGUUUUACAAAGCAUCACUAGCAAAUGGAAGUAUGUCUGGGGACAUACACUUUUUAUAGCAAACAUUAUAUGAUUGGAAUGUAAUUAAUAAAAUUAUAAUAGUAUUGGUGUAGCUAAUGAAAGUCUGUUGACAUAGUUUGAUUAUAUGCCAUGAAAUAUAGAUCUCAGUGAAACCAAUAGAAGGACAUGAAGCCGUCUUCUCAGAUCACCUGAACACAAGGUGCUCAAAGUAAGCUUUUCCCAUCACCCAAUGUCUGGUGUCUGUGGUCCGUUCAUUGUCCUGUCAAUAAUUGCUUCAAACAACAUCUUCUGAACUACAAGGCCAGUUUCAACCAAACUUUAUAGGAAAGUAAUUUACACUAGUGUUCCAUUGGUGACCCUUUACAAAGGUUGUUCAGAUUAUCCAAGUCAUGAGAAAACAACGCUGUAAGUGCUAAAAAUAGAAAAAUAGGGUCUGAUAACUUUUCCAUAUAUAUAUGGUUGAAACUUUAAAAACUGUCAGAUUUUGAAAUAAUUUCACAAUAACCACCUACCAAAACUUUCAUAUUAUUCUGAUUUGUAAAAAAUGGCUGCCAGAGCUGAAAAUAGGAAAAUCUUUCAGUGCCAUUUCCUCCCUGAAUCACUGGCCAAUUUCACAGACAUGUUCAUUGGAUGACUUACUAUGACUUGCUACUACCAUUGUAAUAUGUCAAAAUAAGAUAUGGCUACCAGGGGGUGGAUCUUAUUUUGCUUUAUAUGGGUCUAUGAAAAAUCUUUUCCUUGGAAUCUACUGGCCAGUUUCAAAAUAAUUUGGCAGACUUGUUAUACCUGUUAAAGCUGUGAAACUCUAGUGAGUGAUACAGGCUCAUUAUGGACUCUUGUUUCCGUAUAUUUAGCAGGUUCACAGUAUUAUGGCAUGGGAACUGAGAGGAAUCCGCAUGCCUGGUAUUAUAGUAUUUGUGUCACUGCUGAAAAUUUAUGUUUUGGUGUGUCUACAGUCAUUAAAUUUUACUUUUGAUCUUGCAGAAUUUUUAUUAAUAAUUAUUGAUUCUGUUUACUUAUAAAUAUUGUUAUGUACAAAUAGUCAUUAGUACAUGUGUAACUAAAUGUUGAUAUAAAACAGCAGCAUUUUCACAUUUGUUUUAUUAAGUCAGUAUAUGCCAUACAUUUUUCAAGAAAAACAUAUUUUAAAUUCCAGGUUUACUAACAAUUUAGGAAAUUGAGGCAGUUGAGCAGGUAGAUAUAAACACAUCUAUUAUUUAUAAUUGAUACCAAUGAACACGGCAAUCAUUCUUACAAGGAUCUGUCAGUAAAUAAAAUGUUAACAUUUUCUUGAUAAGUAAUAAACAUGUUUAUAUUGAACUGCUAAACUGACUUGUUUUCCUGAGUGAUUAGUACAUGUAUUUGUUAAGAUGUUCUUAUAUAUAUUUGUACAUACAUUGUUCAAAGCUCUGUUCAUGACUUUUUAAGCCCCAGUUUACAGGGAUAUUCCAGUAUUUUUAUGAAAUAAAUUAUUGACAAUCUAUGCAAGUUUACUCUAUCAAAUAAAGGAAAUUUUGCUGUGGUAGUCACGAUUUGAUCGUAUGUGAUUUAGCGAAAAUGUGUGACAAAGUGCCUAAUGAAGAAACUGACAGUCAGACUUUUAUUAUAUUACUUUUUAUGCAGUAAAAACAAGUAACUGAAAGAGGAAUAUGAUAUUUUAUAGCUAUUUUCCAGUAUGUUUUAGUCUGGCAUUAUAAAGUGAUUCAGAUUAGCAAUAUCAUGAAAGCUGUGAAUGCAUGAGCCAGAGUAAGAAAUGAUCUAUCUGGUUUAACUGUGUACUGGAUGUCAGUAAAAUGUUAGAAAUAUCAUUACUAUAACAAUUUGAUGAAUAUAUAUUUUUUCUUCCAUUACUCCACCUAUAUAUUUGUGUUGCUGCUUGUGUUGGUCAAUUAGGUUGAUGUAGAUUUACAUUUAUUUGGGACCAUAAAGUUUAGAUAUUUUACUUUAUAUUCUAUAUAACAUUUUAGGAGCCUGUGGGAGAGACAUGGCUGGACUAUUUUGUGUAUGUUUUUGAAUUAUUUUUUACGAUUGUAAUUUUAAACACUUUUUUAGAAUAGUCAGAACAAUAAUUGAGGGUAAAAUUAUAAUACGUGUAUAUAGGUAUAUUCAAUACAAAUCAAAGUAUUAACUGUCAUUUGCUAAUUUGCUGUUAUUAUGCAUGCAUAUAUCCAAGUAGUAAUUUUGUUUCAAUUGUGAAAGUGCAAUGAAUAGGAUAUGCUGUAAAUAUUCUAAGUAAAGUUGGUAUGGUCUGCUUCACUGCUUGAAGUAUAUUGGACUUUUUACCUGCCUUCAAAACAUUGUUUUGUACAAUAGUGCUACUUAAGUUACUUUGCAUGUUCAGUUUAUUUGUCAAAUUGUCCAGAUGUAUUGACCUGGCACUCGUGAAUAUUCCGUAUGUUUCCAUAGAUUAAUUUUCGGUGUUUGAAUCUAGAUAACGCUAUAACUAUUGAACAAACAAAUAUACAUUUAUUAAUUAACAUCAUCAUUUUGCAUGUGCUGAUAUAUCUGUGUGGACAAAGUGUUCAGCUAGCAAUUUAGGGGAUAUGUGUUUGAGUCCUCCCUCUGUCCACAUAAUUUUUUUCAUUUCAUCUGUAAACUUAACAGACAGGAGAAUUGUCUCACUUAUCGUGAUAAAUUGUUCGUUUAUUGACAAAAAUACUCUACUGUUCAACAUUCUUCUACGUACAUGUCAGUAAACUGAUCUACAAAAUGGUGGCUGAUAUCUUCAGGACCAAACAAGUGUUGGUUCAUUCAACGUACAAUUCAAGGACCUCGCAUCGGUACACAAGAAAAAUGAUGUUUCAUAAAAUAUUGUAAAAAUAAAAGUAAUAGUGAUUCUAUUAUAUUACACUGAAUAUAAAAAAAUAGUCUGAACUGAUUUUGAACCCAUGGUAAUGUGCGUAGAAGUCAGGGAGCAUACCACUAUGCCACUGUGCUAAUGGUUAACUAUACCAGUUAUUUUUAGCUCGACUAUUCAAAAAAUAGUCUAGCUAUUCUACUCACCUUGACGUCUGCGUCACACCUUGGUUAAAGUUUUGCAUGCAAGUAUAUAUGGCUAUCAUUUAAAGGCAUAUAGCUUUGAAACUUAUUUUUUCUUUUUCUAGGUCAAUUACCAACCUCACUGGGUCAAGUCCCAUAACUCUGACAUGUAUUUUGGCCAAAUUAUGCCCCUUGUGGACUUAGAAAAUCCUGGUUAAAAUUUUACAUUCAAGUUACUAUCUCCAAAACUAAUGCAGAUAUUGAAUUGAAAUUUCACAUGUGUCUUCGGGGUUAUGAAACUAGUUGAUUGCUUUAAGUCCCAUAACUCUGACAUGCAUUUUGGCCAAAUUAUGCCCCCUUUUGGACUUGAAAAAUUCUGAUUAAAGUUUUGCGUGCAAGUACAAAUGGCUAUCAUUUAAAGGCAUAUAGCUUUGAAACUUACUUUUUUUCUAGGUCAAUUAUCAACCUCACUGGGUCAAGUCCCAUAACUCUGACAUGUAUUUUGGCCAAAUUAUGUCCCCUUUUGGACUUAGAAAAUUCUGGUUAAAGUUUUACAUGUAAGUUACUAUCUCCAAAACUGAUGCAGAUAUUGAAUUGGAACUUCACAUGUGUCUUCAGGAUUAUUAAACUAGUUGAUUGCAUUAAGUCCCAUAACUCUGACAUGCAUUUUGGCCAAAUUAUUUCCCGUUUGGACUUAGAAAAUCCUGGUUAAAGUUUAGCGUGCAAGUACAUAUUGCUAUCAUUUAAAGGCAUAUAGCUUUGAAACUUAUUUUUUUUUUCCUAGGUCAAUUACCAAUCUCACUGGAUCAAGUCCCAUGACUCUGACGUGCAUUUUGGCCAAAUUAUGCCCCCUUUUGGCCUUAGAAAAUCCUGGUUAAAGUUUUGCGUGCAAGUACAUAUAGCUAUUACUUAAAGGCAUAUGAUUUGAAACUUAUUUUGUUUUCUUUUUCUAGAUAAAUUACCAACCACACUGGGUCAAGUGCCGUAACUUUGACAUGUAUUUUGGGCAAAUUAUGCCCCCUUUUGGACUUAGAAAAUUCUGGUAAAAGUUUUGUGUGCAAGUUACUAUCUGCAGAACAAAUGCAGAUAUAAAUUUGAAAUUUCACAUGUCUUCGAGGUUAUAAAACUAGUUGCUUGCAUCAAGUCCCAUAACUCUGACAUGUAUUUUGGCCAAAUCAUGUCCCCUUUUGAAUUUAAAACUUCUGCUUUAAGUUUUGCAUGCAUAUUACUAACUCCAAAACUAAUACAAAUACUGCAGGGAAAAUCUACAGAUAUGUUAACAUUUAGGGUAAUAUUCCUACUUCUGGGACAAUGAUUCGAAUAGUCGAGCACUGGCUCUCUUACGGACAGCUAGAUAUUUUCAGGAUACAAAUACAUGUAUCGCGUACAAUAAUGAAAAUGCCCGCAAAUAUUCGCAAAGAUUUAAUGAGUGGCAGAUCAGUACUUACGGACAAUAUUGGUGUCAUAUAUAUAUAUAUGACAUUUGAUCCACAUUUUUAGCUCGACUAUUCGAAGAAUAAGUAGAGCUAUCCUACUCACCAUGGCGUCAGCGUCGGCCUCACACCCUGGUUAAGUUUUUCGUACCAGUCCACAUUUUGAGAAAGUCUUUUGAGAUAAAGCUUUGAAACUUUCAACACUUGUUUACCAUCACCAUGUCCAGUUAUAGGCAAGAGUAUGUAACUCUGUCAAGUAUUUUGACUGAAUUAUGGCCCCUUUUGACUUAGAAAUCUUGGUUAAGUUUUUCGUACCAGUUCAUAUUUUGACAAAGUCUUUUGAGAUAAAACUUUGAAACUUUCAACACUUGUUUGCCAUCAUUAUGUCCAGUUGUAGGAAAGAGAACAUAACUCCAUCAAGCAUUUUGGUUGAAUUAUUGCCCCUUUUUGACAUAGAAAUCUUGGUUAAGUUUUCGUAUCAGUCUACAUUUUGACAAAGUCUUUUGAGAUAAAGCUUUGAAACUUUUAACACUUGUUUACCAUCACCAUGUCCAGUUGUAGGCAAGAGUACAUAACUCCAUCAAGCAUUUUGGCUGAAUUAUGGCCCCUUCGGACUUAGAAAUCUUGGUUAAGUUUUUCGUAGCAGUUUAUCUUUUGUGUAAAGUGUUUGACAUAUGGUUUUGAAACUUUUAUAUCUUGUUCAGUAUUAUAGUCUCUAUCAAUAAGCAAGAGUACAUAACUCUGUCAUCUUUUUUGCUGAAUUAUGGCCCACAUUGAACUUGGAAAUUGGUUCUGUUUUCGUAUAUGUCAUGUUUUGUCAAAACUAUUUGAACUGUGGCUUUGAAACUUUUAACACUAGUAUAUCAACAUGAUUUCCAUCUGUAGGCAAAUGUACAUAACUCUGUCAACUAUUUUGACUGAAUUAUGACCCUUUUUGGAUUUGGAAAUUAGUUAAAUUUUUCAUACAAGUAACAUAUAACUUAACAUAUUUGCCAUCAUGGUCAUACAUUGCCAUUUAGUGCAAGACUAAUCGAAAUCCACAAAUACAGGAACAUUUUUUGUUUAUUCCAUUUUUUUCUUUUGUCUGAAAAUCUAUGGAAAUAUUUUGACCCCAUUCUUCAAUCAAUUCUUCGAAUAGUCGAGCGCGCUGUCAUCCGACAGCUCUUGUUGCUUAUAUUGUCAACAAAAUAGAUGACGGCAUAUAACAUUGUUUAGGUAAAGACAGUAGCUGAUUAAAACCAUGUAAAAUUUAUAUAUUCUCUACCUCUCCUAGUUCCUAACAUGACACAACAUGAUGAUUUUAUUCAUCAUUUCAAAAGCAUCUUGUAUACUUUUCUCCUUUCAGAAUGUUGUAUUUAUAUUUUGCAGCAUUAAUUUGUAAACAUUCAUAAUGUUUAUACAUUUAUACCAAAGGCUAUUUUCACAAAAUAAAAUGUUUAUCAGAAUUUGAAAGUACAUCAUUUUUACCCAAAACAAAAAUGUUUCGAGAUAUUUAUAUUUGAUGUUGUUGUUGUUAUUUUUGUAUAUUUUAUAAAGUGCUAUGCAAGUGAUCUUUUUAUGAAGUUUAUAUACGAAAACUUUAAAGGUGAAUUGAGAUUUGUGGAGGUCAAUGAAAUUUUAAGAAAUGUUGUGGAUUAGUUUGAAACUGAGAAUGAAAUUGGUGAAUGAACAUUUACACAAAGUCAAUUUCUGUGAACAGACUUGAGAUUGAAAAUUGUUAUUGAAAUCAAAAGAAAUACACAGGUUUCUUUUAUGAUAUUUUCUCAGAGAUAUGAGAGUUAGAGGAUCUCGUAUGCACACAGACAUGUAGUACUUGUAUAUCCUGUUAUAAACAGCCUGUAUCAACUUAAAAUCUCAGAAAAUUUGGGUGAGUUAUGGCUCUGGAUUUAUAAAAAAAAUGCCAUAUUUAAACUUGUUUAUACCCUAGCAGCUUCAUUUCUUCCUUAAUCUUUAUCAGAUUAUAAUAUGUAUGAUGGUCAUGUUUCAUGACGGACUUCAUUGCUGGAGUACGUACCAUCUGCGUGAUGGUCCUUGAAUUGUUAGAAAUUCUAACAUGGCUCGAUUUGAUUGCCAGUUAAACAAAGAAGAAAUUCAAGCUCUGUAUAUUCUGCGAUAAACAACACUUAAUGCACAGACCGGUAAGAAAGCAUUAUGACGUCCAAAUGCCACAUGACAUCUGGUCCAUUACUACUGGAAUAAAUGAAGCCCAGCAUAUUUUUUACCAAAAUAUUGCAAUGAACGUGUAAGAAUGAAAACAGUUAAGGCCUUUUUUGUGAUUUGUUCUCUUACUUACCAUAGUUCAUGGUUCAGAUGCUUAGAUUAAACAACCAGUGCUAACGCCCUCGUGGUUCAAUUCCUGGACAUCUGAAGUCUAAACCGUGAUAAAUUAGAUGACAUACACCUUUAAGGCCUUGAUUAUUUGUUAAGUAGUGUAUUUCACAUUAAUUAUUAACACAGAGGAGGCCACAUUUGUUAGGCAGCAGUCUUUGUAUUUUGGUACAACAUGUACUUGUAACAUGUGUAAAUGUCAAGUUCUGCUCAACCUGGGGCUAGAUGGCAUGGACAGAAGCUUGCAUUUCCACUGCCAUCCAUGAAUAAGCUCAAUCAGACCGAGCCAGCAACAUUUUCAUUUAUGUUAUGUUGGGCGACCUGUGGUUUUCUACUUCUUCUAUUUUACAUUAAAUGUAUAUGGCCGCAAUAUAUAUAUUGUAUGGGUUUGAUGGUGGGCAAGAUUAUUUAAAUAACACUAGAGGAAUGGUCUUUGAAUUUGUUGAAAUUGCUAGGUUUUUCAAUGGUCUGUAAAAGUAAAUCGAAGGCCACAUUUUUAUAGCAAACUUCAUGAAACUUAAACAGAAUGUUAGCAUUCAAAACAUCUCAUACAAGUCUAAUAAUGGGCAAGAUUGCUAUUAUACCACCAGGGUAAUGACCCUUGAAUCAUCAUAUUUCAAAUAAAUACAGAGACUUAGUUCCUUGAACAAACUAUGAAGAAUGUGAACAGGUACAUGAUUACAGACAUUUUAAAUAAUGGAUAAAAUCACUCAAAUAACGCCAAAAUUAUGCCCUUUGAUUAAGAAGUAACGAUUUAUUUCACCUUAUCCAAAAUAUUAGCGACAACGAUUUUUUUAGCAGUCCUCUUUGCAGGAUUCUUAAGUAGUACCAGAGUUAUGGCUCUUGAAUUAGUCAAAUUUGGCAUAUUUCAUAUUUUAAGCUCAAAACAGAUCCACUUUUUUACCAAUAUUCAUUACCGCAAUAACUGAUGAAACGUAUUUUAUUGUGUGCAAAAACUAGGCUGUGAUAAACCUUUUUUCAGUGCUGACAGUUUAUGUGCUUUUAACAAUCAAAAACAGAAAAAAAGAAUAAUUAUUCAAGUUCAGUUUUGAUAUCGUAAAAGAGGUUGGCAGAUAAUAUGUUUUAAACAAGCAUUAAGGAUAACAUGGUGUAAUAGGCCUCAAUUUCACCCAAAGCGUACAUACAACUUGAUAAUGUAAGCUUUAAAAAUGUCAAACGAUAGAAAUAAGGUGCAUACUGACAAGUUAUAUAGUGACAGAAGUUUUCAAAAAUUUCCUUUAGAUAACCUCCCCUGAUAAUUUUAGUUUUCAUGAGUUAUCUUCCCUGAAAACUAGAAAAAAAAAAAGAUUUUCUCCUUUUCCCUACGGGGAAUUUUAGAUUUCUUUUUGAUAUUUGUAUCAGAAUCAUACAAUGCAGCUUUCUACUCGAAACUCAAGUUCAGAUUCUCAUAAAGAAAUUAUAUAUUUCCCAUAGGCAUCAAUGUUAACUUCAAUACCGAUUAUCUCCCCAAAAAAUGAUAAAAUUUGAAAAAGCUCUCGGUGAAAAGUUUCUAAUUUUGAAUGUCUUUAAAGUGACCAAAUUUCAUAUAAAUAUUACCAUCCAGUUACAAGAUAUGAAAUAUGGCUAUUACACCAUGUUAUCCUUAAGAAGAAGAAAAUAUUAAUAUUUAGUUAUUUUGCCCUUCAGUUGACUUUUUUGUGACAAGGCAUUUGCGUAGUAAGGUGUUGUUGCUGUUAUCCAACAGUCAUAUUACUAUGAAAUGUAUGUUAAAUAUUUUGUAAGAUGAGAACAUGAUUAUCUCAAAUAUUGCUCAUCGUAACUCCGUGGGAACAACAUAUAUCAUGUCAGAUAUACAAAUACCAUGCCUGAUAUAUCUGGGAUGUUUUAUAUUUCAAGCUUGUGUGCCUUACAGUAUUUUGUAAUUCUGAGACAAUCAUGAUUAAUAAAUUGUUUUUACACUUCUU